GUAACAUUUAUAAGAUUGGGAUUUUACAGCUUUGUCUAUGUUAAGUUUGAGCCUUAAAGAUUUGAGUUGAAGAUUUUAUUGAGGAUCCUAUAGCAUCAAAAUAAAAUUUUAAGCCAUAAAUACAGUUCAUUGAGGGACUGGGAACUUUAUUUCUCUUUGUCCUUUCAUAGUUCACCUUGAAGAACACCACAGCCUCUUGUAUGACUCAGUUUAUCCAAAUUGCUAAAGCUUAAUCAAGCUGGCAAAGAUAAAGAGAACACAUCUCUUCAAGUCAGUGUACUAACCUGGGUAGACCUUAGGAAUUUAUAAACCUUAUUUAUCAGACAUAUCUUACUUAUUAAGUAUGUAUUGUUCCUUAUCUAAAAUUUUCUAGAAGCCUGGUAUUGAGCAUUUAGCAAGGACAUAAGUAGUUAGACAUACAUCUCUAAGUCAGUUUCUGUUAACCUGAGCACACCUUUAUAACCUUAGGAAUUUGUCAUUAUGCAAAACUCCAUCGCUAUCAAAAAUUGUUUGAAGACCUGCUGCUGCUUCCUUAGUCUGAGAAGAAGAUGCAGUGGUGAGCAGAGUACUCAAGAGGCCUAGAUUUUGUGAGUGCUGACUUAUUUGGUCUAUACCAUGCGGUCUUUUUAACCAAGAUGAUGGUUAAGUUACAUGGCAUGUACUCUAUUUUUUUGAGGGGGGAGGAUUAGGGUUUCUCUGUUUAGCUUUGGAGCCUGACCUGGAACUUGCUCUAUAGACCAGGCCGGUUUCAAACUCACAGAGAUCCACUGCCUCUGCCUCCCAAGUGCUGGGAUUAAAGGCCUGCGCCACCACCACCCUGGUGUAUUCUUUUUUUUUUUUAAACCUUAGUAAAGAUGGCUUCCAGCUACAUUGUUGCUUUCAUCCUGAUGACAUCAUCAGCCAAGAUGACCAUGAACCACAUGGUUGCUACUUAAAAACAUCUGUUUUCCUAAGCAAGAAUUGAGCCACGUAAUAUGCAGUAACAAAUUAAGAUGACCUAUGUAUAGAUUUUUAAAGGAUCAACCUUCAGUUACAGAUUUCACAGAUUUUUAACCAUACCCAAUAAACUUAAAAAUUCUGAGAUAAAAUUUACAUAAUACUUUUAAGAGGUUUUAUUUUUAGAGCAGAGAGCAAAGAAAUCAUAAAGAUGAAAUAUUUUCAAGAGUGGAAAACAGAAAAAGCUUAGAGAUAAAAUACUUUGGGAAGGGUAGAGCAAAGAAAGCUUAGAAGAGAUUUGGGAUCAUUUGCUUAUGCAGUAGCAGAAGCUGUCACCAAACGAGAGAACUUGAACUUGAGUGCACCAUUCUUCCACCGUUGAGCUGUUUGACCAGGGGUAUUGAAUUAAAAUUGCAUCAAUUUUACACUGUGAAUCUAAGGAAAUCUAAUAAAAAUUUAUAGCACGGAUCUGUCAAUAUGGAGUGGCCCUUGUGAGCAAUAUUUGUCUUUAAACUUUUACCUACAUAUUCCUGUGUCUUUAAACUUACAAAACCUUAUUUUAAGGUCCCAAGGGCAGGUCUUUUUGAAUGAAAGUAAAGAUUUUUAAGAGCAGUUUAGCACAUUAUAGGAACUAGAAUAAGAAACAAACAAAGCAUUUAAAGGGAAAAAAAAUGUUUGUCUUCAUUAGUGUUUCAAUCGCUGUGGAGAUACCACGACCACAGCAACUCCUGCAAAGAAACAUUUAAUUCUGUGGCUUACAGUUUCAGAGCUUCAGUCUAUUAUUAUCAUGGCAGGACAUGGCUGCAUGCAGACAGACAUGGUGCUGGAGAAGGAGCUGAGAGUUCUACAUCUUGAUCCUCAGGCAACAGGAACUGUAACACUUGAAGAAGCUUGAGCAUAGAAGACCACAUAGCCCACCCCCACAGUGACACCCUUCCUCCAAUAAGACCACAUCUACUCUAAUAAGACCACACCCACUCCAACAAGACCACACCAAUUCCAACAAGGCUACACCUACUCUAACAAGGCCACACCUUUUAAUAAUGCCACUUCCUUUGGGGGCUAUUUUCUUUCAAACAACCACAAGGAUCUUAAGAAUUUUGCUAUCUCUUGUUUUACUGCUGAUGCUUUCUACUUUUUUCUUCAGGCAAUCUCUCUGGCCUGGCUUUUAAAAAAAUUAUCUAUGUAUUAUGGCCAUACUUACUCUUUUUCUUAUAUUCAGGUAUCACUGUUUAGUCACUACUUGACGUGGACUAGCAGGUCAUUCUUUGGUGACAGGGUCCUGAGAGAGAGGACCAGGAGAUCAGAAGAAAGAGAAUAGAAGAUAAAGUUUAUUAUUAAAGGAUCAAGAGGUCUUUCUGUCUAUGUCUUCCACCAAGCAAACUUCUUAUAAGGUGGACUGCCACUGUGACAUUCAACCACAUUACAGAGUAAGUACAGCUGCUGCUCUGGGACCUGGUGGGCUUGGGGAGGUAGGCAGACCCUAGGCAUGCCUGUCCAAGCUGUAGUCAAGGAUUCAUAUGGACGAGGCUUAAUACAAAUAUCCUAAACUUACUUAAAACAUUAUGAGAAAAUUUUUGGUGAUUUUUUUUUCUUUUGUAACACCAUUGCACUGUUGGUCUACAAGUCUGUCUUGAGCCAUUGCCUGCAUUGUUGCGUUGUCCGACCACCUUUCUACAGCAAUGAGUACCACCACUUCUCUUUGUAGUCCCUAAGUUAUCUCUUGGAGGAUGUGGAGACAUCCUUUAAGGGUGUCAGCCUACUCAAGGAGUCUCUCCCACUUUGACCCAUGCCUUUUCCCUGCCUAAGAACAUUUUCCUAUUCUUCCAUUCAGAACCGCUGCCACGAUGAGGAUCUUCUCCUUUCUAUGCUUGCUGCUCUUCAGCCUUGGGGUAGCCUCCCGCUACCACUCCCGUUCCCAGGAGAAGAAGAAGGGAAAGGGGUCCUCUGUGAGUGCUAGGGUAACUCCCAGAAGCAAGGACUUUGCCUUCAGUCUCUACAGGGUCUUGGCUUCUGAAGCCCCUAAUCAGAAUGUCUUCUUCUCCCCCAUGAGCGUGUCCAUGAGCUUGGCCAUGCUGUCUAUGGGGACUGGAUCCCACAGUAAGACACAGAUCAUGGAGGGCCUGGGCCUCAGCCUCCAGCAAAGCCAAGAGGCCGAGCUCCACAAGGGCUUCCAACAUCUGCUGCAGAGGUUCAGUCAGCUUAGUGAUGGCCUCCAGUUGAGCCUGGGCAGUGCCCUUUUUACAGACCCAGCAAUACAUAUUCGGGACAACUUCUUGAGUGCCCUGAAGACCCUGUACAUGGCGGAUACUUUCUCUACCAACUUCGGGAACCCUGAAGUGGCUAAGAAGCAGAUUAACGACUAUGUGGCCAAGCAGACCAAGGGCAAGAUUGUAGACUUGAUCAAGGAACUCCAUAGCACCCAUGUCAUGGUGCUGAUAAAUUACAUCUUCUUCAAAGCCAAGUGGGAGACGGCCUUCAGUGACAACAACACCCACAAGGAAGAUUUCCACGUGACCCCCAAGCAGACCAUACAAGUGCUCAUGAUGAACCGUGAAGACGAGUACCACUACCUCGUGGACCGGGAUAUUUCCUGCACCGUGGUGAUGCUCCCUUACCAAGGCAAUUCCACCGCUCUGUUCGUUCUCCCCGACGAAGGCAAGAUGCAGCAGGUGGAGAACGGCCUGAAUGAGGGAGCCCUGAAGAACUGGCUGAAGACAGCCACAAAGAGGCGGUUAGGCCUUUACCUCCCCAAGUUCUCCAUUGAGGGUACCUACCAUCUGGAGAAAAUCCUACCCAAGAUGGGCAUCAAGGAUGUCUUCACCUCCCAUGCUGAUCUGUCUGGCAUCACUGACCAUGCCAAUGUCAACUUGUCUGAGAUGAUGCACAAAUCCUUGGUGGAGGUAGACGAGUCAGGAACCGUAGCGGCUGCUGCCACAGGAGCGGUCUUCGUGUUCAGAUCUGCUCGGCCGAGGACUCUGCAGAUGAAAUUCAACAGACCUUUUCUGUUUGCCAUCGUGGAAAACACGGAUCUCUUGUUCCUUGGCAAAGUGGUCCGGCCCUGAGCUGGGAUUCUUUCCGAAACCCACAGGCUGACCCAGAAGAAGCCAUGAGGAUACUACAGCUCAUUCAUCUGUUGGUAGUUGGUGAUUUGCUGAAUAGAUUAACUAACAAGGUGUUACGAAUAAUACUAAUGGUGGGUUCUCUGAUCACACUUGUAAGGUAUGGGUUCUUGCUCUCAUCUUUCAUCAGGGAUUGGCACUGAGCCUACAGCGGCCACCUGCUUUCUCCGCCACUACAUUUGUGUCACAGUCAUACCCAGUGCCCGGGCCAUUUGUGCUCAGUCUGUCACUAUAAAGCUUUGUGAGAGACUGGUCACUAUAGGUGACGGUCACCAGAAAGCACAUUUUAAAGCCUGGUUCCCCACCUGUCAGCCCCAAUUAUCAGCUCAUUGUGCUUUAGGAAUGGGAAUGACGAUGCCCCUCUCUGGACCUUUGCUUCUCUGUGCAUCCAGUGAAGGAUUAGAGCAAGAAGUCCAUCCACUGAUAUGUAGAAAUCAUUCCGCAGGCCAGUCAGGGUUGGUAUAAGAACUCAGCUUAGCAGCAAACUCGAGCCUGAGGGUAGAAGUGUCUCGCCACGGACAAAAGUAUCAACUGGCAAACCUGACAGGGCUGGGAUGACAGAGGCCUGUCGCAAACCGUAGAACAUGGAUUAGAGACCGACUUGCUGAUUUUCACCUUGGCAAUAGCAAUAAAGCAUUUCGCAAAGACUGGGUCUCGUUGUCCUUUUGGAGACAGCCCUGAGGAGAGCAACACUUGCUAUGUGAUGCCAUUAUUCUGGUCUGGCUGACAGAGAAAGGAAGGCUUGCUGAGGCCAAGGCCGCUUGCCCAGUCACACGGCUUGCACAUAAUAGAGCCGAGAUGAAUGAGAGACUGGUGAGUUUCUCAUCGCCGAGACCACACAAGAAGCAGCUCAAGAGUCUCUUUAGGCUCGGGUUUGAGGGGAUGGUUCACCAUGGCGAGGAAGGCAUGGGGCAGCGGAGGGCUCAGCCGUGGCAGCAAGAGGGUGAGGCUGCUUUCUCGCACCUGAGCGGAUGUGCAGGUGUGAGACAGAGAGGAAGGCUGGGCUAUAAACCCCACGGCCCAUUCCUCAGCUAGCCACUGUUCCAUCUACGUCCCAUCUCCCAGAGUUUCUCACAACCCCCAAAACAACAUUGUCAGUGUUCAGAUACACGAAGGGAACAUUUUUCACCUAAACCAUAACAGAUGGGGAGUGUGGCCCCACAGCUACCCUCAACCCUGUGUUCUGCUGAGGAGGGAGAAUGGAGACAGGGCAACAGGUGUGUCUGAAUCUCAGCACCCUGGGUUGACUCCUGUCCUCUGGCCAAAGAGGGAAUUUGGCACAUCAAAAAGCAAAUGAGUAAAUGAAUGAUUGAGCAAAACUGCCACCAAACCUCAAGCUGUCCCAUGGUGAGCUGACCCCAGAGCAGAGUACUUUGCCCACCCCAAUGUGAAUAUUACAAUCAUGGUUCCCAUGGGGCUGUGCUCAGAGCUCCGAUUCCUGGAUCAUAUUGAAGACGGGUAUCCACUGGAAAUAACAAGGUGUGUUUUAGUCGGGGUUUCAUAAAAGAACACAAGUGAGUGUGCGUGUGUGUGCACGUGUGCGUGCACACGCACAUGCGUAUGCUCACACGUGUGUGCAUGUGUGUGCACGUGUGUGCGUGUGUGAUUUAUAAGAGGAUUACAGGAUGCAGUUCUGGCAGUCCAACAAUGGCUCUCUCACACUGGAGAGGCUGAGAACCUGACAGCCCACACCGAGGCUGCCUGUCUCAGCAGUUCCAUUCGAGAAUUGCAGGCCCGGAGGACCGCUGGAGAGCAGUUGAUCAUCAGUCUGCAUUGGAAUCCUCAAGAAGCUGGUUCUGAUACCGGCGAAGGAACACCACAGCUACAGGACAGAUGCAUUUGCCGAUGAGAGCAAGGGAAAGCAGGCAGAAAGCAAACUUUCCUUCUUCCUUGUCCUUUUAUCUGGGUUGCCACUAGAAGGUGUGGCCUAGAUUUCGGGUGGGUCUUCUUGCUUGAGACAGUCUCAUGGAGUCAUUAUAGUUGUGGACAGCAGCUGGGUUUUAGUUGAUUCCAAAUGCUGUCAAGUUGGCAACCAAGGUUAGCUAUCACACAA